AUGUCCAGACUGUCUCCUGGAAGUACGGUUGAGGGACAAAGAUGUAUGAUGAAGAGCGCAUGGUUGGUCCACGCUGCCACGACUUCGGUGCAUCCUUGCGAAGCCGUAUACAAAUGCCGCGUAAUUUGCGUCUUUGUCAUUGAUUGGGCUGUUAUCGUCCAGUUGUCGCCCCAACAGCCCUAUCGGUACUUGGGCAAGACAAGCUGCUGCAUGGUCGGGUCGGAGGCCGGAGGAUGA